AUGUCCGACUCGCCGCAACAGACAGCCGCGGCCGCACCCCGCAGGCCGGCGCAACCAACAGACAUUGCAGAUAAAUUUGUCGCGUUCCAGCGCAGGCAGGCCGCUGCAACAAAACCACGCGAACGAGCCGACCGAGCUCCCGCUCCCUCAGGCUCUUCUUCGACUCCCCGCCCAACGCGUGCGCCCUCCCCUCGCCGACCGCACGCUCCGCAACACCCAAGCCCCAACAUCGUCGUCAACCAGAGUUCGCCAUCCGCGAUGGAGGCCGAUGCUGAUGACUUCUCGCGACGCCUUAAGAUAACUGCCGCCUCCUCUCCCCGCCCCUCAGCCCGAGCUCAGGCGGGCCCAUCCUCCGGCAGCCCAGGCAAGCUCUACAACCCCAACUCUGACAGUCCACGGAGGGUCAUCCUCACCGCUGAGCCCGAAGCCAUGUCUGAUGCCGCGUCGAGCUCGUAUGCUCCGCGGGGUCCCGCGCCACAUGGACCGCGCCAGGCCCCUCCACAGUCAAGAGCAGCCCCCGACUCGCACAGGCAGCUGUUCGACCACCGUAAGGACGAUCCAGUUCGGUUUUUAGCCCGACCACAGGCGUCGCCAAACGCCGCAGCCAACCGCCCACAUGUUGACCGCCCGACACCAACACCCAAGUCUUCCGGAGACUACGUCUCCGCCUCGUCAACGUCUUCCGCCUCCUACGCCCACUCCACACUCUCUUCCAACUUCACUCUUUCGUCCGCUACAACCGAUUCCUCCGCCCCUUCGGGCCUUUUCGAGAACCCCAAUGCAAGACGCUCAGAGGACAGUUCGUCGAGUACCAAUGCCUUCUCGAUGCAGCUCAAGAAGCUUUAUCGAGGCAUCACUGCACUUGAACAGAAGAUCCUCGGUGAGCAGCGAGACAAGGACGCAGAUGACGAGGGCAAUCGGAAUACGCAGACAGUGGGCAUCCUCAUCAAGGGCCGCCCAGGCUCAGUGGGGGGCUUGGCAGGUGGCGCAGAGGUGAGAGGUGGUGAAGAUGAUAUGGAGAAGUGGAAGCGAUUGUUGGUCGACCACAAAGAGCUCGCAGAGAAGGUGCAGAACCUUCUUACGCUCACGCUAGCACCCACUGUCCCGGCUUCCCUCCGCAACAUUCCGACCAAAUACAACCUCAUCGCGCGAUUGUGGGCACAUGCCUUCCAUCGCCUCCUCGAGUCUCUCCGCCAAGCAGCGUCGCCGCCAAACAAUUCACACGUCGCUCUUGAGUAUCUGCAGGACUUCAUUUACUACGCAUACACUUUCUAUUGCGCUCUUCUCGAGGAGCGCAAUCUCUCUGACUUCCGAAGCGGUUGGGUCGAGGCGCUCGGCGACCUCUCGCGGUAUCAAAUGGCGUACUGCGCGCUCGUCGAGAAGCAGCAGACCGUGACCGCCACGACGCUCCUGUCCGCGCCCGCGCCCUCCCCGAUGACCCUCCUCAUCAAGUCCAUGGCGCCCGGCGCGGACUCCCAGAUCGACACCCAGCGCCCGUCGACACCGAACGGCGGUGGGAGCUCCGAUCGUGCGGAACUGCGCGCACCGGCGGCACCCGAGGUGCACGCACGCAUCGACGAUUCGCCGCCGCCGUCGCCCGGACGUGCGGCGAGGCUGGUCCUCGAGGUGCCGAGCGUCGGCCUCGCGGCGGCGCGUGCGAUGGAGCUCGUCCCGGAGAAGGAGCACUGGAGGCAGAUCGCGCGCGAGUGGUAUGCGAAGGGCCUCGCCGGCACGCCGGGUGCGGGCAAGCUCCAUCACCACAUCGGACUGCUCUGCAGGGAGAGGGACGGGAGCGGCGAGGAGCUGCGGGGGAUGUAUCACUUCGUGAAGAGCAUGAUUACAGUGCAUCCGUACAGCACCUCCCGCGAGGCCAUCCUCCAGAUCUGGUCGCCAGCCGCCCAGACUCGUCGCCAAGGCCCCGACGCCGGCGUCGCCGAUCUGUAUAUCAUCCUCCACGGUAUGCUCUUCACGCACAUACAGAUGGACGACUUCCGCGGCGUCCUCGACCGCUUCGACGAGAAGCUCAACAUCGAAGGCGGUGCAGUCGUCGAAGAGCGCGACUGGAUCAUGAUGGCCGUCAUCAACCUCGGCGCCAUCCUCGAGUACGGGCGGCCCACCGCUGUCCUGCGGCGCGUCGCUGGCAUCGGCGGCAGAGACGGCGUCAGCGCUCGCGCCGGCGUCAGCCCAGCCAUGGCCGCGUCGUCCGCGGGCAAGGUCAAGCUCAUGGCGAAGAAGGCCGAGGACGACGACAGGAAGAUGGACGUCGACGACGAAGGCGCCGCCCCACGCAAGGCCGACCGGAAGCUCGACGCCAUGAGCAUGUCGCCUGCGCUCUCCGAGGCGGGCGCGUCGACUGGCCCCGAGGUCCCACCGUCGCUCAAGCUCGGAAUGCAAUUCGCGUUCUCGAUGCUCGCGCAUGCCCUCCGGAAGCCAAUGCGGAAGUCGUCGCCAUUCGCGCGCUCAACUCUCAACCCGUACAUCACGAUCCUGCUUACCUUCCUCGCCACCGCUGUGAAGGAUGCACAGGCACUCGCCGUCCUCGAGCGGUUCAUCCCCUGGGCCGACCUCGCAGUGUUCCUUACCGCGAUCCCGCGCCGCGUCACGUACCGCGAGCAGCAGAAGGAGCGCAGUGACAGCGCGGUCCUGCUCACGAGCGGCUGCAAGCCUCUCCCAGAGGACUGGUGCCUCCGCGGUCUCGGAUGGGGCGGCAAGCGCGUCUACCCCAUGGGCUUCUGGGGCAAGGAGGCGAACGUCGAGGACAGGAACGUCGAGGUCGAGGUUCUAGACAAGAGCGAGGGCGGCGACCAGCUCGACGGUAUCAUCGAGGACGAGCGGGAGGAAAACGAGGCGGCGAACGAGCUUGGCAAGCGCUGGAUCCGCGUCGCGCGCGCCGGCCUGAAGAUCGCGAAGCACGUCGGUGGCUUCGCGUAUUACCCCGCCGCGAACGAGGAGCAGAGGGGCCAGUGGAAGGUCGAGGGCGUGCUUGCAGCGAAGGUCGCGCAGUGGCAGGAGGAAGAGAAGAGAGAGCGUGAGGAGGAGGAGAGACGCCUUCGGGGCCGGCGAUGGGACGAAGACUCGAUGGACGUCGACGAUGAUGAGGGCCUUGCCGCGGAGGAAUUGACAGAUGGCAGUGAGGAUGACGAGAAUGAUGCGCCUGAAAUCAAGGCGCUGAAGGCUCGCCGGCGAUAUCUGCAGAGCCUGUUGGACUCCUCGGCACAGGGUCGGGUUUCGCCAUCGAUCCCUCGACGUCGUCCUCGUGGCCCGCAGCCCCACAAGCCGGCACGCCCUCAAAGCACCCUCCGGGUCGUGCCUGGGUACACGAUCCUCGUCAUCGACACGAACAUUUUAUUGUCUUCGUUGCCGGUGGUCUCCACCCUGGUCGAGAGCCUUCAAUGGACCGUGGUCAUACCUCUCCCGGUGGUCAUGGAGCUCGACGGCCUCGCGAGCAACGCGACCGCCCUCGGCGAGGCUGCCACAGCCGCGCUGGACUACAUUACUUCGCACAUCCGCUCUCACACGACCUCGCUCAAGGUACAGACGUCGAGGGGCAAUUACUUGUCGUCCCUCAGCAUCCGGACGGAACAAGUCGACUUCGCCGGCGAUGAGGCGUCUUGGGAACGGAACAUGGACGACCUCAUCCUCCGCGCCGCGAUCUGGCAGGACGAGCACUGGAUCGACCGCUCGGCCAUGCUUCAGCCCGACGGCGUGUCGCGCGAUACCUCCGGCGCGGCAAAGGUAGUCUUAUUGAGCUUCGAUCGCAUGCUUCGUCUCAAGGCGCGCUCUCGACAGCUCAGCGCGGCAAACGAACAGGACAUGGCAUCAAUUCUCGCGCCCGGGCGGUAGAGCUCAUUGGUACGAGUGCACCGCGAUGCCUCCAAAGUAUCCAACUGCACGGUUCGUCGUCGGAUGACGAACCGGACACGCUGAUGAGGUACGCUUCCGGCCCCCAUGUCCAGCUGCAUAUCUUCAGUGCUCGGCGACGGAUUGGUGGUAUUCUGGGUACCCAACUUCUUGCUUUGCCCACGCCCGUCCGUGAUCGGUGCAUAUUGCCGGCGUCACUCGACGCGCCUACUUUGCUGAAAGCCGUAGGGUUCCAUGGGGUACACACUGGACAUUCCGGUCGGAACAGUAGUCAUUCCUUAUCGCAUCGUCGUCACAUAUUUAUUCGUUUUUGUAUUGGGAUACUGGCAUGACCUCGGUACUGUACACAUCAUACCCUUGCAUUUGUUCCCGCGCAUCGGCUUGUCGUACUCCCUAUCAGCAUUGUAUCCAACAGCAACCAUUGAAUCCAUUUUGCAUCCCCUCUCCGCG